AUGAAGGCCCGUGUCUCCCUGAUACUGGCCUUGCUCUGCGGCCUGGCCUGGGCAGUUCAAGAGGACCCCAAAGAGCCAAAGCAGUUCCCGGAGCCGGAGGAAGAGAUGGAGGAAGCGAUGGAGGAGGCCCUGGCUAGCACCCUGUACUCAGCCCCCGACUCCUGCCGGGGCCGCUGCCACAAGUCCUUCGACCAGCACCACCCGUGCCACUGCGAUGCCCGCUGCCCAGAGUUUGGGAACUGCUGCGAGGAUUUCGAGAGCCAGUGCGGCCACGAGGGCUUCUCCCACAGCAGCGACGCCAUAACCACGGAUGAGCUGAAGGCCAUCUCGGAGAAGAUCUACAGGGCGGACACCAACAAAGCACAGAAGGAAGACAUCAUUCUCAACAGCCAAAAUGCCAUCUCGCCCUCUGAGACCGGAGACCGAGUGGACCACUGCCCGGAGCCGCUCUUCACAUAUGUCAACGAAGAGCUGUUCUCCAAGCCGACCUACGCAGCCUUCAUCAACCUCCUCAACAACUACCAGCGGGCGACGGGCCACGGCGAGCACUUCAGCGCCCAGCAGCUGGCCGAGCAGGACACCUUCCUCACCGAGGUCAUGAAGACGGCCGUCAUGAAGGAACUCUACAGCUUCCUCCAUCAUCAGAAUCGCUACGGCUCUGAACGAGAGUUUGUCAAUGACUUGAAGAACAUGUGGUUUGGGCUCUAUUCAAGAGGCAAUGAAGAGGGGGACUCGAGUGGCUUUGAACACGUCUUCUCAGGUGAAAUAAAAAAAGGCAAGGUCACCGGCUUCCAUAACUGGAUCCGCUUCUACAUGCAAGAGAAGGAGGGCCUGGUUGACUAUUACAGCCACAUCUACGAUGGGCCUUGGGAGUCUUACCCUGACGUGUUAGCCAUGCAGUUCAACUGGGACGGCUACUAUAAGGAAGUGGGCUCCGCUUUCAUCGGCAGCAGCCCCGAGUUUGAGUUUGCCCUCUACUCCCUGUGCUUCAUCGCCAGGCCAGGCAAAACGUGCCAGUUAAGCCUGGGUGGAUAUCCCUUGGCCAUCCAGACCUACACCUGGGACAAGUCCACCUACGGAAAUGGCAAGAAGUACAUCGCCACAGCCUACGUGGUGUCUUCGACCCGAUAG